AAGAAAAAGACAAGAUCGGAUUACAAGAUGGCGGUCUCUGGAUGAUAGUGAAGAGGCCGUCGUAGUUGUUGUGUUUUCAACGGUGAAUUGUACAGUUAGCUAGCUAGAAAUCCGGCAUUCUGCGGGGAAAAUAAUCAUCAUCGUAAUAUGCUCGUGAAUUAGCUUUACGUUUUAGCACAUUAUUGCAAAACAUGCGGGUAGAAACAAAGUUUGAAGUUCGGGGAUAAGAAAAUAGCUAGGCAACUAUUUGAAAUAGUGAACUAGUGGCUAGCUAACGUUAGAUUGUUAGCUUUUCCGUUCAAGGUAACCAUGUCGGAUACUCGGCGGCGUGUGAAAGUAUAUACGCUGAAUGAAGACCGACAGUGGGAUGAUAGGGGCACAGGACAUGUCUCGUCUACCUUUGUCGAACGACUGAAGGGAAUAUCAUUAUUAGUUCGGGCCGAAUCCGACGGCUCACUUCUUCUGGAGUCUAAAAUCAGCCCAAAUACUGCAUAUCAGAAACAACAAGACACCCUGAUUGUGUGGUCAGAAGCAGAGAACUAUGAUCUGGCCCUGAGUUUUCAGGAAAAAGCUGGCUGCGAUGAAAUCUGGGAAAAGAUAUGUCAGGUGCAAGGGAAAGACCCUGCGCUGGAGAUCACCCAGGACCCCAUCGAUGAGUCUGAGGAGGAGCGCUUCGAGGAGAUGCCAGAGACCAGCCACCUAGUGGAGCUGCCUCCAUGCGAACUGGCCCGGCUAGAGGAGAUCGCUGACCUUGUGACCUCUGUCCUGUCCUCGCCCAUCCGCCGGGAGAAGCUGGCCCUGGCCCUUAUGAGCGAAGGUUACAUGAAGAAGCUGCUGCAGCUCUUCCAGGUGUGCGAGGACCUCGACAACCGGGAGGGCCUACACCAUCUGUAUGAGAUUAUACGUGGAGUGUUGUUCCUCAACAAGGCGGCUCUAUUCGAGGUCAUGUUCUCGGACGACUGUAUCAUGGAUGUGGUUGGCUGUCUGGAGUUUGAUCCGUCGCUGGUGCAGCCUAAAAAGCACCGGGAGUUCCUCACCAAGACGGCCAAGUUCAAGGAGGUAAUCCCCAUCACGGACUCAGAGCUGCGGCAAAAGAUCCACCAGACGUACCGGGUGCAGUACAUCCAGGACAUCAUCCUGCCCACACCUUCUGUCUUCGAGGAGAACUUCCUUUCCACCCUCACAUCCUUUAUUUUCUUCAACAAGGUGGAGAUAGUCAGCAUGCUGCAGGAGGAUGAGAAGUUCUUAACUGAAGUCUUUGCACAGCUAACGGAUGAAGCGACAGAUGACGGUAAAAGGCGGGAACUAGUGAACUUUUUCAAAGAAUUUUGUGCUUUUUCACAAACCUUGCAACCGCAAAAUAGAGAUGCUUUCUUCAAGACUCUGGCGAAUCUAGGCAUUCUUCCUGCUCUUGAAAUAGUCAUGGGUAUGGACGACCUGCAGGUGAGGGCUGCAGCCACAGAUAUCUUCUCCUAUCUGGUGGAGUUCAGCCCCUCCAUGGUCCGGGAGUUUGUUAUGCAGGAGCCACAGCAGACUGAUGAUGAUGUGCUGCUGAUCAACGUGGUGAUAAAGCAGAUGAUCUGUGACUCGGACCCUGAGUUGGGUGGUGCUGUGCAGCUUAUGGGGCUUCUACGCACAUUGAUCGACCCAGAGAACAUGCUGGCCCCCACCAAUAAAACAGAGAAGACUGAGUUCCUCAGCUUCUUCUACAAGUACUGCAUGCAGGUCCUCACAGUCCCUCUAUUGGCCAGCACUGUAGAUGAGAAGAACUGUAAAGAUCUGCAAGAGGGCUCCACCAAGAUCAACCCAGUGUGUCCUGAUAAUUUCCAGACAGCCCAACUCCUGGCUUUGAUACUGGAGCUGCUGACGUUCUGUGUAGAGCACCACACGUACCACAUAAAGACCUACAUUAUGAACAAGGACCUGCUGCGACGAGUUCUGGUGCUAAUGAACUCUAAACACACCUUCCUUGCGCUGUGUGCUCUGCGCUUCAUGAGGAGGAUAAUUGGGCAGAAGGAUGAGUACUACAACCGCUACAUUGUCAAAGGGAACCUGUUUGAGCCAGUCAUCAACACUCUGCUGGACAAUGGAACUAGAUACAACCUCCUAAACUCAGCCAUCAUUGAACUCUUUGAGUUCAUCAAAGUGGAGGAUAUCAAGUCCCUCAUAGCACACAUUAUAGACAACUACUACAAAGCACUUGAAUCCAUUGAAUACGUCCAGACUUUUAAGGGCUUGAAGGGCAGAUAUGAGCAGGAGAAGGACCGACAGACUCUGAGACUCAACAGAUAUCGUAGGGAUGCCCGAACGCUGGACGAGGACGAGGAUGAGGAAAUGUGGUUCAAUGAAGAUGGUGAGGCUAUUGAGAAAAGCAGGCCUGAGGAAGAGUUCCCAGAGAGCUAUGGAAAGUAUAUGGAAGCAAAAAAAGUUAAAGAGAGUGACAACAAAGAGAACUUCCCAAAGCGGACCCCAACUGGCAGCUUUAAGUUUACCUUCUCUCAUUCUGCAGGGGCUGCCAACGGAACCAACGGUGCCAACUGCAAGCCAGUCACCUCGCCCACCUCUGCCGCCAGUCCCAACGGCUCCCCCGCCAAGUCGGCAACGCCACCCGCCACCCCGGUAGUCAAGACUGCGAUGGUCGGCCUUGUAGACUACCCUGAUGAUGAAGACGAGGAGGACGAAGAUGAAGAGCAGUCCCCACGGAAACGGCCCCGUCUGGGCUCAUAAGCCAGUGAAGUCCCUUGGUCUUGGUCCGCUGUGCCACUGUCACAGUCCACUGGACAGAGACCACUCCCGCCGUCCUACCCUCCCAGCCUGCUCCUACGCCCCCCUACCUGGCCUGUGGACCAGAGAGGUUGAUCAGUGCCAAGGUUUCUCUGAUGCUCCGGCAGGGACGCAGCACUUCACGCAAACCUCAGCCGCUCUACAAAAGGGGGAGCAGGGGCUAACGGGAGAGCCAGUCAGGCUAGCAGGACUAGCCGCUUAGUAAUGGAAGCUUGAUUGGCUGACCCCAUAGAACUGUUAAUUUGGGUUGGGUGGAGAGAACUAGGCAAAAUGAGGGUUAACAAAAAAAAAACUAACCAACAGAAAACAAAGUUGCUUAGUUCCGAGGAGCAGGACUCAACCGUCGAAGCUGGGGCUGCAUCGCCGAGGCUCACACACACCUACAUCAGCCAGGAGUCCUGUAUUCAUGAGUUUAUUAAAAGUACUGUACAGUUAUUUUUAUUUUUAAUAAUUUGCCCCUUAAGUGAUUUUAAAAGGGUAGAGCUAUACCUGCCAGUGUAUUGCUUUUGCACAAAUGGUGGGAUCACUGUUCACCCUUUUAAUUCAAUUAUUUGAUUCAUUGUAUAAAGCAAGAGUUGCAAUGCUGGUUUUAAAAUAACAUGUAUUAAACGGCAGUAAAGUCAUUUUUGCAGCCCACUGAGAAUGUCUAAAGUCUGUGUGUAUUCAGUGGCUUUGACCUACUGUGGCUCCCAGAGGUGUCUUUGUUAAGAGAAGUCAUUUUUCCAGCAGAUAGGUGUGUCCUUUAAGCCCUUCUCAUACUAGUGUUCCAGUUCAGUACUCAUGGAUUUUGUUGCUAGCACAGUCCCUGUGGGUCAGAGCAUAUUUAAAUCCUAAAUUGCAGCAGUGGUGGUUUAGGCCAGCUACUGCCAUUUUAUAUAGACAUUCCUAAUGACAGAUGAAGUGUGAUGUCAGGGAAAGGUGGAAAGCAUUUCAGUCUGAGUACGUACAACAGCUGAGUGCCCAAAUGUAACCAUUUCAAAUAUGUCUAGAUUGUGUAGGUUUGUCUCCAUGAACAUUUGACAAGUGCAUUUACUACCACUAUUCUAAACAUUUGAUACGUUUUCAGAUUGUGACCCUGGCAUUGUGUGAAUCUAGCUUUAUUUUAAUCUGGAGGAGUUGAAUUUAACCAAUGAUUUAUAUUUACACUAGAUGGCUGUUGGGGGUGCUGUGUUGGAAGCCACAGUUCCUAAAUCUUGGCACUCCGUCAGUGUAAAAAAUAUUUAGAAAUGCAUUUGUCUACAUAAAUGUUUGGCAUAUUUAUUCUUAGGCACCUUUAAUGAAUACUUUUUAAAUGAUAUUGUGAGCUAAACAUACAUAUUUUUCCUUAAUGUAUAAUUGAGAUACUGUCCCAACUCAAAAAGAGAGGACAAAAUUACAUGUAUUUAACAUUUAAUUGAAAUACCAAAAUUCUAUGGAGGAGUGCCAAUACGGCCGACCAGAUGCUUCAAAGUUCUCAAUGGCCAAUACAUAGCAUCAGCAAUCCAGGGUUUAUAUACAUUGAAUUGAACCUGCAAUACAAAUGUGAACAACCUGCUUAUUUUUCUGAAUUGUGUUAAUGUUACAACCCUUACAUUUUUCAUAUACAGUAAAGUUUGUAUAUUUGUGUGCU